CGCUGUCAGCAACUGUUUAGGCCGGGAGCAAGCCUUUAAUCGAUUUCGUACAUGUUUCUAUACAUAUAUAACUUUAACAUGUCUCUUUUGCAAGUAGCAUCGCACAAUACAUACGUGUUAGAAUAAGACAAUAAUAAUUCUAAAUUAAGCAAAUCAUUCUCUGUACAUAUCUUGUUAUCGAAAUGAAAUUAGUCUCAAUAAAUCGAUUACUUACUUAAUUACUUAAGGACUGUUCUCCGGCAACAAAACACAAAUUGUGCAAAAAAGCCCGCAGAAAUUUAAAAUCUUCCGCGAUAUGCAAAAAAUCAACAAUAAACAAGAUCUGCAAUCUCUCUGCCGUGCCUGCAUGCAUGAGCUGCGCAAACAAGAGAUGAAAAAUAACCUGCAUAAUAUGGACAUUAAGAUACGCCAAUGGUUGGAAGAUGAAACGUUAACAAAUCCUCUGGCAGAUGACAAUUAUCCCGAGCAUGUCUGCAAUUCAUGCUGCAGUAAAUUGAAGAAAUUUUUGGAGUUCUAUCAGAUGUGUAAACGAUCAUUGAAAAUGUUUGAGGAGAUGUUGGCAAGGGAGGCUAUGUUAACUGACAUGUCUCCCAAUGUUAUGGCGGAAAAGCCAGCCGAAUCAAGUGUUAAACAUGAAUGGCUGGAAUUUGAUUUUGUUGCCUUGCCCAAGUCGUCGCCAAGAGAGGAGCUUAAAAUUGAGCUGGAUAAAAGGAAGGAAGAUGAGUUCCCUGCCACCCCCAAAAAGGAAGACUCACUUGAUCUGUACGAUAUACCAACAAAUGAUGAGGAUAAGAAUAUACAAACAUCUGAUGAUUCGGACUACAGUGAUCACUUUAACAAAGGAGAAGAAGAAAUGAGUAGUAAUUCAGAAAACGAGACCUCAUCUCCGGCAAAGAAACCAUCCAAAUCAAAAACCCGGAAAAAGACGCCGCGAAAAACUAAAGAAAAACCCGAAGAACCCACUCACCAUGUCUGUGAAGAAUGUGGCAAAGUAUACAGAUCCCUUAUGAAACUCGUUGAACAUCAGUAUACUCACAAACCUCUCGAGGAGUAUCCCUUUCAUUGUGAUGAACCAAAUUGCGGGAAAGCAUUCCGGACCAGUUGUGGUUUUCAAGACCACAAACUGCGACAUGCGGGUAUUAAAAAAUUCCACUGCCAUUUGUGUGACAUGAAGAAAACCUCAAAAAAGGAGCUGGACAUUCAUAUCAACUAUCAUACGAAAGAAAAGAAAUAUGAAUGUCCAAAAUGUUCCAUGGUCUUUUACAGUGCCAAUGAUUUGCGUACCCAUGAUAAGGUGGUGCAUUUGAAGAUACGUCGUUUUACCUGCUCCUUUUGUAAUCAUCAAUUUGCCAAAAAGUACGCCUUGAGAAAUCAUGAAAUGCGUCAUACCGGCGAGAGACCUUACACCUGUAAGGAGUGUGGCAAGGGGUUUAUACAACUGGUGUCGCUGAGGACUCAUAUGAAAUCACAUGGGGUAGGGAAAAUGGAAGAGAAUGCCGUGGCGGAAAAUGUGUAA